GAUACUGCUUUGUGUAUGGUCUUGACGAGAAAGUUCAUUAUAAUUUCUAUAUAACCGUGAUAGUUUUUUCUAUUAAUGUUUCGGUUCGUGAUAUGAAAUAGGUUACUGCAUCAUGCGAUGGCAAGCGCCCAGUCGGGCAUGUGAGAAAAAAAGUAAACAUUACGUCAUCAUCUUGAACCGCUGCGUUCUUCGAAAUGUAGAAUAAAUAGCGCCCGAGGAGAACCACUUGCAUUAGUUCAGCGAAAGCAAUGAAUCAGAUUGGAUCAAUUUUGCUUUUGGUAUUCUUUGCCUGCGAAGGAUAUUCCGUAUGCACAAAUAUAAGAAACAGCGACGGAACGGGUGGCUUUGUGAGUAGUCCUUUCUAUCCUUGGGCUUACACAAGCAACACCAUAUGCUCGUAUUACAUCAUGGCGCCAAAAAAACACGUUGUUGCAGUACAGUUCACCUAUUUCGAAUUGCAGGAUGUUGUGUUGGGAAACAUGACAGAUUACCUAAAGGUCAUGUACGGAAGAAAAAACAGCGAAAUACCUCCACAAUAUUUUUACGGGUCACAUUCACCUUUCAAUUUUACAUCGACUACCCAAAGACUUCGUUUGAAAUUCGUUUCUGAUUAUCGGAUCAAUCUAUAUGGUUUCCACGCAACUUACAAAUUUGUCAAUAUCCAAACGCAUUGUGAUACCACAAAGUUGCCGGGCAACGUGACGUCAUGCUCUGACGUAGUCAACGAAUAUGCUACCGAGUGUCUUGCAUCCUGUCCCACUAACUAUUCAACUAUCAGUGGCGCAGACACGACAUGGACUUGUUCAAAUAGGAAUUUCACAGACAACACAACGUGCUUGCCGAAAGCGGAAUUGGUACAAAGAUGCGAGGACACAGAUAUGUUGGACUGUCCCUUUACUAUGAAUGAAAUCAUUGAUUUCUAUCGUACAAACCGACUUCCGAAUGAUGCAAAUGCCUCUGCGGAGCAUAGAGCGAAAGAGGAAGUGGAGUUAGAUGGAGUCCCUUCGCCUGUCAAUCUUGGUCGUUCGGGAGGUGAUUUGUAUGUUUGCAGGAGGAAAUACUGCAGACAAGUUUUCCGACCAUGGCGACAUUACCCGUUUAAGUGUGGCCGCUGUAGAGAUUCCAAGCGAAGAAUUGCUUGCAUGGUAUGCAGGUUUCAAACACGUUGCAACCGAAACCCAUCCCCAGGGUUCUUUAUUUGAAAUAUCCGUUGACGUCCGUCUUUCGGGACCUGCCUUUACUGCUUAUUGUUCUAUUUUACUGCAUUCCUGUAUUGAGCGUACCAUUACAUUUGCCUAUUUUAUGUACAACUAAAACCCCUUUUGACUUUCGUACUGAUGUUUUGUUGUAGAAUACAGCUUUAAAAAUAAAGUUAACAUUACUCUA